AUGACUGGCAGGAAAGACAGCUACCCCGCCGCCCAGACUGGCAAGAUUGAUGCUGAGUUCAAACCUCAUGAUCCUACUUCGGCAACUGAAGGGGCCAAGGCGUUCGCUGCUCACCAGGCCCACCCAGGCCCGGCCGUGCCGCAGAGCAUGCCUGAGCAAGAGGGUAGCAAGGAAGAACGACAAGCCAAGGCAAAGGAGUUGAACAAAUAA